UCUGUUCCCAACAAACCUAACAGGUUUUCGAGAUAAUUAAGCACAGUUCAUUGCUGAUCGUUUAAAGUGACAGAAACAAAAUGCAGACAAUGCAUUAAAGUUUAAGAAUAUAUUAUUGCAGACCAAGUUAUAUCCUCACUUUGUUUUCUCUUUUAUGUAGGGCCUUACAAUAGUUCUUGAAAUGAGCCCACAGAUGCUUUAAGCUGCCCCUGCUUAUUUAUUGUAUGUAGGUACCUAUCAUUCCAUCUAUGGACAAAGUAUUUGCAUGUACUUUGACACAUCACAAGGAAGUAAUCAUAGAACAGCAAAACAUCACAGUGGAGAGUCAGCAUUUGUCUCACGGCAGGUAAAUGAUGGUGUGUGUGUUAAUUCCUCUCGUCUUGACUGUCCUUCUGACUGAGACGUCUGCUUUACUGUCAUCUUCAGGUGAAAAAAACAUGUCAGCAGGUACUGAACAGGUCUUUUCAUGCCCACCUCGGUGGCUCCUGUUUGGGCAGAGAUGCUUCGCUUUCUACCCUGUGUGGAGCUCCUGGAGCGAUGCCAAUUUAUUGUGCUCUCAGGCAGCUGGUAAACUGGCGUCGCUUCACACACCAGAGGAGAGGCAGUUUGUCCGUCUGCUAGCAAACACACACACACCUGUGUGGCUGGGUGGAUACCAGGAACAGCAGAACUGGUUUUGGAGCGACGACUCCCCCUUCAGGAUGAGUGAUUGGACCAAUCAGUGGCAGGGAAAUACCAGCGAGGGAGGGGCUUGCAUGGAAAUGGAACCAAAAAGUGGAAAGCUGCACAGCGCCCCCUGUGGAGAGCUCAGGUUCUACAUCUGCUCCACCAAAGACGCCUCCUCUUCUAAAGUCGUCCCCAGCGACAGGAAACCAGGAAUCAUGCACGGUCUGAGUCUGUUUGAUGUUUUGUGGGGUAACAGCUACUUGUUGGCAGAGGAGAUUCGCCACUUGUCCUACUUUCUCAAGGAGCUCCGUUCUGGUCAGCUGACUCAGCGCUGCUACAACAACUUCAUCCAGCAGGAGGCGCUCUAUCUGCACAGAGUCAGCAGCACACUGGAGACCCUGAUGUGUAAUUUACAGGAAGCAGAUGAGAACACAAGAUCACUGCUGCAGGACACACUUCAACACUACCGCAGCAGAAACCAGAGCCCCCUCACUUCGCCUCCCCCACAGUGGCUCCACUUCGCCCUGCAGUCUUUCCACUCUGUGGUUUUGGAGGAGCCGAUCUAUUGGCUGGUGGCUCUGUCGGCCCGGGCCUGCCUCCGGGACUUUUUGGCUGAGCUCAAGCCUGGUUCCAAGCUGGUGUCUGGGUCUGAGGAUAAGGCCUGCAGCAUCUACCAGCAGUGGAGUGUAGAGAGUCUGAAGGAGGUCGCCUGGAUCCGCAGAUACAGAAAGGUGUUAGAGGAAUACCAGGACCAGAUAGACGUGUUUAAAGCCAUAAACAUCUUCCACGACCACAUGGUGAACCAGAAGAAUUUCUACAAGGCUGUAGACUGUGAUAUAGAGGAUGAAAAAUUAUGAAGAGGAGCAGGGUGUGUCCCCUGGUGAAGGGUUUUCCCAGACAAACAACUCUACUUCCUGUUGGCACCUGCUGGCCCAAUUACACAAUCGUUCACCUUGCUUGCAAACAUCAAGGAGUUGAGGGACGGCACAUAUUAAAGCACAUUACACUUGUUUAGAUGCUGUUUUCUUGUGAAUGUGGAGGUAAAAACUUUGGUUAUCAUUUGUUAGAUUGAAGGAUAUUAUUAGCUUCUUUACUGUAUUUACUUUUUCUACCAACUCCACUAUGUUGCUGUUCUUCUACUAGAUGAAGGAUUUUCUGGAUAAGAGAGCGAAAUAAUGAAAAACUGUUAAUUAAUUUAAUCUUUAUUGACCAUUUAAAAAGAGGUUUAGAUUGGAUUAUUGUCUUACUUUAUUUGACAGGGACAGUACUUAUUGAAAAUAUGCCAGUGAACCAGAAAGGCUACUUUUCAUCUGCAGUCGUAUUUAAACACUACUGUAAUACUUUUUAUAGAAAGUAUACAAAGGGAUAAAUUACAUUAUAGAAAAUGUAAAGGGGACUCAUUCCAUUAUAAAACAUUGUUAACAAAAUACAGCACAUAAACUAAAAGAGCCAAGGUAUGUGUCUCUUUUGUCCCAUGUCCUUUGUCUUUUCAAGUUCUUUGCAGGUCCUUUUUUCUUGGUCCAGCUAUAGAGUAUAGAUAUAUAAAGAGACUGUAAAGAGUCAAUUAUGAUAUAAUAAGUGAAAAAACAACUCAUAUUUAUUUAGAUAGGUGUUACGAACCUCAGAUGGAAGCCCGGGGGAGGAGGUUAGUACAAUUAAUAAUUGUUCCAGGGCAGAA